GCAACAACACAGAGAGGACUUUAGGCACAAGCAGAACGAGCACCCUCCUUCAUUGGCUGGGGCUGGAUGUAGUUUGAUGCAACAUCCUGUGGGGAAGGGCCACUACAGAAACGGGGAGGGAGAAUGAGAGAGAGCUUCAGUUUUCUCAAGGUGGUUUCUUCUCAGUCUUCCUACAGUGUUCCACGGAGCAGCACCGGGAAUCCGUACCUGCAAUUCAGCCACCCGGCGGAAUACAACCAGACCACUGCAGAACUCUACCGCGCCCUGGCAUUCGCGUUCAUUUUUACUGUGCGUGUCUUCUCUCUUUCAUUUACCAUUUCUAGCUAUUAUCAUACUUAUUGAAAUAUCCUACUGGAUGAUGCUGUGAUCGUUCAUAUAUUUUAUGAAGAUAUGUUUUUCUUUUACUUCAAAUAAACAAACACGUACACACAGAAACAGACAGACCUGUUCAAACGUAUUCUUUUAAUUGUUUUGAUUGAGAGAAAGCUGAUUUGAGAGAACGCGGGCGUAAAAAUAAAAUAAAUAACUCAAUUAUUUGAUUGAGCAAAAAAAAAAGAAAACUACCCAUCUCCACUUAUUUUGGUUAAGAAGCUAGGUGGUUGUCAGUGUUAGAGAUCCGCUAGUGCACAGCAGAGCGUUUGAAAGUCAGAAAGAACCCCGGACUGCCUGCAGUGCAAGCUGGAUAUUACAAGCCGCUGUUGCGGGGGAACUGUCUCUCGAGAUUUUGCUCGUUUUGGGGUUUGAGUUGAGCACGCAGUUUGUUGGAUUCCUCUCGCUUCGGCAAGAUGGAUUUGCGCCUGGCGUUCUUCUACGUUGGCUUUUUGACCUCAUCGGCUCUCGGGGAGAACUCGAGCAGCAAAGCUCGGAGCUGCUCGGAUGUCCGUCAAGUCUACAGCGCCAAGGGUUUCAGUCUGAAUGGAGUGCCUCAGACCGAAAUAUCAGGGGAGCACCUGCGGAUUUGCCCCCAGGGCUACACCUGCUGCACUAGCCAGAUGGAGGAGACGUUCUCGAACCUGAGCCGCAGAGAGUUUGAGGGGCGGGUGAAGGAGGCGGGCCGAUCUCUGCAGGCCAUGCUCAACGCACAGCACAAGAACUUCGAUGGCUACUUCCUAGACCUGCUGAACAAGUCAGAGCGCUCCCUGCAGGACAUGUUCUCCAAAACAUAUGGAGAGCUGUACACGAGCAACGCCAAGAUCUUCAGUGACCUGUACGCAGAGCUGCAGCACUACUACCGCGGCGCCAACCUCAAUCUGGAGGAGGUGCUGCACGAAUUCUGGACGCGGCUGCUGGAGCGGCUGUUCCGCAGGCUCAACCCGCAGUACCAGAUGAGCGACGAGUUCCUGGACUGUGUCGUGAAGCACGCCGAGACCCUGAAGCCCUUUGGAGAGGCGCCACGUGAGCUCAAGCUCAAAGUCACGCGGCCCUUCAUUGCAGCACGCUCCUUCGUCCAGGGCCUCGACAUGGCUAGUGACGUGGUCCGGAAGGUGGCCCAGGUGCCCCUGAGUCCGGAGUGCACUCGAGCCAUCAUGAAGCUGACGUACUGUCCACACUGCCGCGGCCUGCCCAGCGUCAAACCCUGCACCAACUACUGUCGCAACGUCAUGAAGGGCUGCCUGGCCAACCAAGCUGACCUGCACACAGAGUGGCGCAGCUUCGUAGACUCAAUGCUGCAGGUGGCAGAGCGCUUCAAUGGGAUGCACAGUAUGGAGACAUUCGUUGAUAUGGCCCCUGUGAAGAUCUCAGAUGCCAUCAUGAACAUGAAUGAAAAUGGAGCUUCCAUCAGCAGCAAGGUGCUCCAGGGGUGUGGGAACCCCAAACUGGCCGGGACGCGGAGCUCGGUGGGGGAGGAGAAGAAGAAGCGAGUGAAAGUACAGAGUGAGGAGAAAGAGAAAGCUGUGACUGGACUGGGGGUGGACAAACUGGUGUCAGACGUGUCAGGGAAACUGAGAGAGAUGCAGCUCUACUGGGUCCAGCUGCCCAAUGCGCUGUGCAAUGACGCAGUGACCGCGGGACCGAGCAGUGAGGACAAGUGCUGGAACGGGAUGAACAAGGGCAGGUACCUUCCCGAUGUGAUGGGUGACGGCCUAGCCAGUCAGAUCAAUAACCCAGAGGUGGACAUUGACAUCACCAAGCCUGACAUCACAAUCCGACAGCAGAUCAUGCAGCUGAAAAUCAUGACCAACCGGCUGAAGAAUGCAUACAACGGAAAUGAUGUGAACUUCCAGGACACCAGUGAUGACACCAGCGGCUCAGGAAGUGCCAUGGGCUGCCCAGAGGAGGUCUGUCCCGGCAGCAGUGGGCGCAUGAUUGUCCCGAAUACUAACAGACCCAACCUGUACGGCCUGCCCAAUGAGAAAAAGCAGGGGGUCAUGGGAUCAGGCAGCCACUCUCACAGUCGCCCACACUCCCUCCCUCUCCUCCUGUCCCUUCUGCCGCUGGCUGGGAUGUUCAGACGGUAAUCCACAGGCACCAAUCGGACUGAGUGUGGAGGAGAGUAGAUGGGGCAAAGAGGCUGGGCUAGUAUCUUUGCCAAAAAAAAAAAACCAUAAUAAAAUUGACUUUUUUUUUUUCC